AUGCCAAGGAACUGGACAAGUGCUAUUCCCCAGCUUGGUGACUUCGUCUAUCCAGACUUCCUUGAUAAGCAUAGAGGCCAGAUCCUGGAUGAAUAUCUGAGAUGUUACUGCAAGUACUGGGGAAAGACACCAGCCAACUCAGAGGUUACCAAUAUUCCUCCUCCAGGAGGGCUGCGCUUGUUCGACUAUAGAAAGAAUCUGAACGAUGAAGUUGCGGCUUGCGUCAAGAACCGUCUUCCUCUCCACAGUUGGGAUACAAUCACAUCGCACUUCGUGAGCGCCGGCCAUGAUCUCGAGGACCUUGCGAAGCACAAGUAUUACAUCUUCGACUGCUUCCUCGCACAAUGGGCCGACUCGUUGGUGAAGGUAAAGACCAGAAUGCAAUUGUUCCUACCUAACAGCAUCUCCUCAAUUUAUGAUACCCUAGACUCGGUCUACGUGGUUGCCGACAUUCAUAAGCUACGACCCGUCAUUUCAAGACGCCUGGUUGAAGAGAUGGGCCUCGAGCUCGAGGUCCGUGAUAACAAGCUCAUACUAGAUUGCCGGAUGCUGGACACUCUCUACAUGAGUAAGACGACACGAAUGGAGUUUGGGGUUAUGGAGACGCGGUAUGCGAGGCUAUUCACAGAUGGAGUGGCCAUCUCUUCGAACAUGAGCUGGUGGACGUUUCCGCGACGAACUUCUGAAUCUGUUCAGUUAGAAAUCGAGGAUAUUGAGUAG